ACAGAAGCAGCUCACCAAUGCAAAGUAAGCAUGACUGCCAUCUUCCUGAUGUCCAUGCUUUUUGGUCUUGCAUGUGGGCAAGCAAUGACUUUUUGUAUUCCAACCGAGUAUACAAUGCAUGUCGAUAGGAGAGAGUGUGCUUAUUGCCUAACCAUCAACACCACCAUCUGUGCUGGAUAUUGUAUGACACGGGAUAUCAACGGCAAGCUGUUUCUUCCCAAAUAUGCCCUCUCCCAAGAUGUGUGUACAUAUAGAGACUUCAUCUACAGGACUGUAGAAAUACCAGGAUGCCCACAUCAUGUUGCUCCAUAUUUCUCCUACCCUGUCGCUGUAAGCUGCAAAUGCGGCAAAUGUAACACUGAUUAUAGUGACUGUGUACAUGAGGCCAUCAAGACAAACUACUGCACCAAACCUCAGAAGUCCUAUCUGCUGGGAUUUUCUGUGUAGCUUUAAGAGCAAUAUAAUUUGCGAUUUGGUUAAAUGUGUUUACCUGGAAAAAAAAAAGCCUAAUAAAAUGUCAUUAUGUUUGACAAUA